AUGGGCUGGGAGAGCAAUAAUAAGUACAAAGUGAAGAACAGGACGGGGCAGCAGGUGUUCUUCGUGGCUGAGGAGAACGACUUCUGUUACAGACAGCUCUGUGGACCCCUGCGCUCAUUCGUCCUCCAUGUUGAGGAUAACACGGGACAGGAAGUGAUGACGCUCACACGUCCUUUGAGGUGUGGAAGCUGCUUUUUCCCCUGUUGCCUGCAAGAGCUGGAAAUCCAGUCUCCACCGGGCAGGCCGAUUGGAUAUGUGGUCCAGAAUUGGCAUCCUUUCCUUCCUAAGUUUACAGUACAGAAUGAGAACCGAGAAGCAGUUCUGAAGAUCGUGGGGCCGUUCUGUUCAUGCAGAUGUUGUGCGGAUGUGAACUUUGACGUUUUGUCUAUGGAUGAAUCAACAAAGGUGGGCAGAAUCGCUAAACAGUGGCCAGGUCUGCUGAGAGAAGCUCUCACUGAUGCAGACCACUUUGAAAUCUCCUUUCCUAUGGAUCUGGACGUGAAGAUCAAAGCUGCUCUUUUUGGAGCCUGCUUUCUCAUAGACUUCAUGUUCUUUGAAAAAAAUUUGCUGGAUGUCCUUCUUUCAGGUUAAUUUUGAACUCCUUACCCUGGAUUCAACCAUGGAUUCAAAUGUGGAUUACUCCUCUAAAAUAUAUAUAUAUAUUUUACAUAUUACUAUUACAUUAUACAGUAUAUUCCUUCCUAAUCCACCACUAGGUGACAGCAAUUCCCUUUACAAUAAUUUUCAGACGCUCGCAGUAUCAACGAAGUACCUGCUCUAAAUGUUUUUCCCAAAAAUGAUCUACAAACUAUUAAAGAGAACUGAGAAUGAAACGGAAGUUGUGAUAGUCCUUUUUCCCCUAUGACGUGACGUAUA